CAGUAUGAGCUCUGAAGAAGAAGAGGCCUUGAUUGAGGCUGAAAUACAAAAACAGCUAGAUUUAAUUGAUGAAUUUGAGGCAAAUGAAACCAUAGAAGAUGGGGGUAUUGAAGAGGAUAUUACCAUUGCAGGAGAUGAGGUUGAGCAGAAGAGAAGACCUGAGCUUGAGGCACCUGAGUCACGGUUGGACUUCUUUACAAUAACAUCUGAAGUCGAAAAAGAACUGGAAGAAUGUGACGAGAUCCUGAAGGAAGCAGAUGAAAAGAAGAGAGAUGACUUUAGGGGCAUUUCAGUUGUGUUGGCAGAUCUUGCCAGUGAAGCAGGAGAAGAUCCUGAAGCUUUCAGACAAAAGAUGUUAAAAGAGAUUGAAGAAUAUGAAGCACAAGAAGUCAAUGGUGGUAUGCAGCAACACUUUGAAUUGAAACCAGAAGAAGCUGUUGUCUCCUUGAUCUACGAAAGUGACAUUUUAGAAAGUCAACUAAGGGAGCAAAUCAGAGAAUUUGAGGAAAAAAGGAUUCAGCAAGAAGAAGAAAGGAAACAGAUUGAGACAAAGAUGAAACAAGAGGCUGACAGAAGAAUGGCACAGUCAGAUGCCCAAAGAAAACAGAAACUGGAAGAGAUAAAAAAAGAAGAACAGCUUUUCCAAGAGAAAAAUGUUGUUAAACAAGCCGAGGUGAAUUCUACGGUACAAAUGGAACAGAAGAAGUUUGAAGAAUCUAUGAAAAAGUUUGAAGAAGAACUGCAUGAAUUAGAGGUGAAAACAAAGGAAGAACAGCAAGAGUUGGAACACACUCAGAGACUUCGUGCUGAAAGAAUUGAACAACAGAGAAACAAGGCUGCAAUAACACUACAGGCUCACUUCAAAGGCUACAGAGUUAAGAAAGAACAUGCAUCACAUCUUCAGCAUGUUAAAGAAGAACGUCUCAAAAAGAAAAUGGAAGUAAGAAUAAAAAUAGUGGAAGAAGAAAGGAAACACAGAGAAGAGGUGAAAAAACAAGAGGAAAAUGAAAAAAUAAAGAAGCAACAAGAAGAAAAGGAAUUGCUGGAAAAGAAACAAAGAGAAGAACAAGAAACAAAGAGAAAAAUGAUGGAAUUAGAAAUGAAGAAAAAGAUGGAAGAAGAAAAACAAAAGCAAGAAGAGGAAAGCAAACAACAAGAAGAAAGAGAGAGAAAAAGAAAAGAAGAAGAAGAAGAAGCAGAGAGAUUAAAGAAAGAAGAAGAGAGACAGAGACAAGAAGAAGAAAAAAAGAGGAAGGAAAAAGAGGAACAAGAUAGGAUGAGAAAGGAAGAAGAAGAAAGACUACAAAGGGAAGAAAAGCAAAGAAAAGAAGAAGAAAUGAGGAGGAAGAAAGAAGAGGAAAAACAAAAACAACUGCAAGAAGAAAUUAGAAAGAAAGAAGAAGCAAAACGCAAAUUAGAGGAAGAAAAUAAGCGACUAGAGGAAGAGAAAAUAAAGAAACAGUUAGAAGAAGAGAGAAGAAAGGCUGAGGAGAAGAAGAAACUGGAUGAAGAAGAACUUAAAAGAAAGAAAGAGGCUGAACAAAAGAAGCUUGAAGAGGAUAGGAAGCCCAAAUCUCCUGUGCUGUCCCUUCCUCCAGAGUUGGAAGAGCAGAGGCUGGCAUGGAUACAGAGUUCUAUUCCUUGGAGCAAAGUAGCUGGUGAGUUGAAGACUAAAAAAGUAGCAGCAGCCAAGAGAGCUCCAAGGAGGCCAGUUUCUGCCAAAAACCUAUCACUUCUUGGUGAAGACAUCAUACUUAAUGCAGCUAAAGUCAAUGCACUGGCACAGGUGACUACAGUUGUCUUGAAGGAUCUCCCAGGCAGUGUUCUCAACACUCUCUCACAGUGUCCCAAGCUCAAAGCUCUGUCCAUGGUCAACUGCGGGCUGGUUGCCUUGGAUGGACUGGAGGACUGCAAGGAGUUACAGUACAUUGAUUGCAAGAGUAACGAGUUGGAGAUGGUAAACCUGAAGGACCUAAGUAAUCUCCUUUACCUUGACAUCUCCCACAAUUCUCUUACCUCCAUCCAUGGGCUAGAGGGCUGCUCAGACCUACGCUACCUUAACAUGUCCAACAACAAGAUAACAAGAAUAGGAGGCCUAGGUCACUUGAAGAGGUUGCACACAUUAUUGCUGUCCCAUAACCAGCUGAUAUCAACCAGGGGCUUAAGUGAAGCUCCCACAAUACAGUGUUUAGACUUAUCCCAUAAUCAUCUUCCAACUGUAGAAGACCAUGAGAAACUCUGUCUUCUACAGUCUUUGAAUUUGAAAGGAAAUAACAUUCUUGAGGUCCCAAGUCUUAGUAACCAUGUUCUUCUUUAUUUGCUCAUCUGCGAAGAUAAUAGCAUAUUCUCCAUGAACAGUUUGUCCGAGUGCUGGCUGCCACUUCUGAGGACAUUAUCCUUACGGCAGAAUAGCUUAGGUGCAAUUGGUUCGCUGAACAGAUGUGUUACUCUGACAUUCUUUGAUGCAAGUAACAAUGAGAUCUUGGAGCUUAACAGUUUUAUUCCUGGCUUGGCAGAGUGCAAUAUGUUGACCGAUCUUAAGAUGGAAGGCAAUCCUGUAACAGAGGAGACAGAAGUCAGGUCUUCCCUACUGUCUUGUUUGCCUCGUCUACAAUGUCUUGAUGGUGCUACAGUCUGCAGCUCAAUGAAGUGUCCACCUAGAACAGUGUUUGAUAUCAUGUGUGAAGCUCAAGUGAAACGGUUCUCUUGUCUAGAGGAUGGGUACCUGAAAUCACUGCGGUCCUGUCAUGCUAACUUUGACAAGCUAAUCCAGACUCACAGAGAAUAUUUUGAUGCUAGUCACCAACUUGCAGUUGAUAUUAGAUACUGCCAUGAAUAUGGUGAGGUUACUCUUCCAUCUGAACCUGUAUUGGCUCAGGCUGAGGAUAAAACGCUUCAUAAUCACAACUCGACUUUCAACAAUGCAGGAGAAAUUUCUCCCAGAGACAAUGCUACUAUGCAUAAUGGGCCCAGUGCACCUCAGCCUGGCUAUUCUGUGAUACAGUCCAAGAAAUCUAGUGACUUCAAGUCAAACUUAGUACCGUCCCCACCGACUUCUGCUAAAAAAACCAAUGUGAGACCUUUCAGUGGAAAGAACAAAUUUGAAGCAGCACUAAGUAAAGCCCAACAGGGUGCGAGUGGUGGAAAUUCUGAUCUUAAACCUGGGGUCUCGACUGAUUUGCAAAAUGUGACUCAUAACCAGACAUAUGAUCACACAGUUAAAGCCUCACCUCACUCAGUUGCUGAAUUGACUACCACACAGGAGGCAUGUUUGACCAAAAAAGAUGACUAUGCUCUAGCCAGUGGUGGAGGAAGCUUUAAUAGAGAUGAAGCUGUCUUUAAAAGGAAAAGCUUGCAAGAGAUAGCAGCCACCAAGGUCCAAAGCCUGUGGAGGGGAUAUGUAGUGAGAAGAGAUAUUGACAAUCAAGUUCAGUUUUGGCUGGCUGCAACAAAGAUCCAGGCAUUAUGGAGGGGUUAUAGAACCAGAAAGCUACUGUCCAACGCCAUCAACUAUGCCAGGCAGGACGACUCUGAUGAGGACUUUGCUGAAAUUGACCUGUCUGCUUUCGACUAUCAGGAGGCUGAUUUGGAUGCACCUUGGAAGCCACCAGAUACUCCACAAUUACCUGGAAACCAUCCAGUACUUGGUAGACCAUGGUCAGGUCUAGAUCCCCACCCUCCACCCAGGCAGGCAUGGAGGAGUGCUGACUCCCCUUCAGUGGCUGGGGAACCCCAGGGUAAACCACCACGUCCUCCCAGCUCCAGCCUCAGUGGUGCAGAGACACACAGAACAGGAAUGUCCAAGAUGUCCAAAAAAGAUGAGCUCUCAGAAGAAUGGGGCUUCCAUGACAGUAGAACAGCUGAACUCAUGCUGCAGAGAGCCAAGAAACUCAAGUACAAUGCAGAGAAGAGAAAGAAGCUAAACAAGCUAGAUCCUAAGCAACGUCUGGCACUAUUCCGUAAGGGUGAUCAUCAUGGAGUCAAGACCCCUGUGCAGAAACCUGUGAGACCCAUGGUGCAGAGGAAGGAAUAUUUUCAAGCAAUGCAUGAAGAGGCUGCAAGGAAGGAAUAUGAAAAGCAGGAGGAAAAUGAAAGUAAAGUGCAGAGAACAUUUGAGUGGUUACAUACCCAAGUGGGUGAACAUGAUGUUUCAGAUUCAAAAAUAUAUAAAAGGCCUGUUCGUUUUGGCAGUGAAGGCAACCUUCCUCAACUGCAUCAAGAUGUCUUGUCUGGUGGCAGAGUUUCAUUGGUGGCCAGCCCUGCAUCUAUGGAGCUACAGUCAGUCAGAAGUGCCAGUACAACUGGAGACAGGACAAAGAGCAGACGACACUCUGUGGAGGAGACAAGCCCAAGAGGUGGACUGGAGCUUCCAGCAAUAAAGACUAGUUCAGCGCCAAGUAUGAGAGUCAAAGAGAGAAUUUCCUGGCGUAACCCAGAGGUGAACAAAAGCUCUGGCUGGGGAAGUGGGAAAAGAAGAAUAAUUAAGUGAUGGUUAACUGAUGUCCCACCCAACAAGGCUUUGUUCUACUGCCUAGUGGUGCAAGACUGCUCUUUCUGUUCCUCAGGGCGACUGUGCCCUUUACAGUACUGAACCUCAUCCUGUCCAUGCCAUAACAGGACUCUGUGUCCUUCUUCAGCACUGAAUCUGAUUCUGUUUAGCAGCUACUAGUAGUGAAACAUGUCAUCAUGAUGGUUCUUUCUUUUUUCAUAAAUAAAAGACAGAUGAUUGAGGAAGGCCUAAAGAGACAAGUUCAGACAGUCUGAGUUAGCAAUUGUGGCUGUAUGUUCAACUGAAAUAAAUAAGAGCAAAAUACCAUUACUGAUUGGAACCAUGGGAAAAAAAUUAUCCAGACAUUACAUAUCAUGAGGAUAACCUUGAAUUGUUAAUCUGUGUGAGCCUCAGUGAUGAAUGCCACUCUGAUUCUCUGAAGAAUAUUCUGAGUGAUAAUUUUUGUGCAAAUCGCCUUCUUGAAAUUUACAUCUUCAUCUAAUUAUAAGGAAUUCUUAAUUUUUUAUCCAUGGAGUAAAUCAAACCAGAAGAAAUAUUUUCAGUAUGUUUGCAUUGUUUUACAAAAAAUGUUGAUUUUAUGUACAAGAAAACUGAUUACAUCUUAAUACAAAUUUAAAAACUUAACUCCUGAAAUAUUUUUAUAUUUCAGUUAUUAAUGGUAUGAGUAUGUUUUCAACAAUUUUACGUUAUUGAUUUGGAAUGAUUGUUUUUACACUCCACAUGUGUUGACAUAAUGUUUUCGAGCCAGAUGUUAUGUAAUGAUCAGCUAUAUUUAAAAUUCAAGUGCUAUUUCAAUUGACUUAUUCCUCUUAUUCUGGCCCUGCCUUUCCUAUCAGUACUGCCUAUUGUGUAUGUGUUAGCCUUUGCCCCUGCGGUCAAUGUAAACAGAAGUGAUGAAGGAAGACCACUCGGCACAUAUUUACAGUCCGUCAGUUUUCACCAGUGCAUUCUGAACCUUUUUUAAAUAUGUUGUGAUAGACUUGUCAUAUUUUACUGCUUAGAAGGUUUUUUCUUUGAAUUAUUAAUUUAUAUAUACAAUAAAUUUUAAAAAAUAAUAAGUGAAAA